UAUUAUUAUUAGAAUCUCUUUUUAUUAAAUCUUAAUCUUUGUUUUUCUUAAAAAAAAAAAAAAUGGCUACUGAACGCGAAAAUAAUGUCUACAUGGCCAAGCUUGCCGAGCAAGCCGAGCGUUACGAUGAAAUGGUCCAAUUCACUAAAGAAGUUGCCAAGAUGGGCAUUGAGUUAACUGUCGAAGAACGUAACCUUUUAUCUGUCGCCUACAAGAAUGUGAUUGGUGCUCGUCGUGCCUCUUGGAGAAUUGUUUCAUCUAUCGAGCAAAAGGAAGAAAGCAAGGGUAACUCCACUCAAGUUGAUAAGAUCAAGGCUUAUCGUCAAAAGAUUGAGAACGAACUCCAAGAUGUUUGUCAAGAUAUUUUAAACGUUUUGACUGAUGAUUUGAUCCCUAAUGCUCAAGGUGGUGAAUCCAGAGUCUUCUAUUAUAAGAUGAAGGGUGAUUAUCAUCGUUACCUUGCUGAGUUCCUUACUGGCGAUGCCCGUAAGAAUGCUGCCACUGAAGCUCAUGACGCCUACAAGAACGCUACAGAAGUCGCUCAAACCGAAUUAGCUCCUACUCAUCCUAUCCGUCUUGGUCUCGCCUUGAACUUCUCUGUCUUCUACUACGAAAUCCUCAACUCUCCUGAACGUGCCUGUCAUCUCGCUAAGCAAGCAUUCGAUGAUGCUAUUGCUGAACUUGAUACCCUUUCCGAAGAAUCUUACAAGGACUCUACUCUUAUCAUGCAAUUAUUAAGAGAUAACUUGACUUUGUGGACCUCUGACUUGCAAGAUGAAUCCGAUAAGACCGAGAACAAGGCUGAAGAUGCUGAAGAGUCAAAGUAACUUUUUUUUUUUCUAAAUACAAAACAAAUCCCCAUAUCAAAUUAUUAAAGUAAUAAAAACAAAAAUAUAAACCUAA